GGGACAGCCACGCUUUGGACACCAAGACUGCCGUUAGCAUUGCCGGAGCAGGGAGAUGCUGGCGGGCAGCAGGUGCCCAUCCCGGAGGCACUCCUGCAUCUGCUUUGACCUGGAGAAUGGUCCCCCGGGCCGGGCCUCGCUGGACCCCCAGGCCAGUCCGGGCGCGGGGCUGGUCCUGCAGGGCAGCUUCACCCAUGGCCAGCGCCGCGAGUCCUUCCUCUACCGCUCUGACAGUGACUAUGACCUGUCCCCAAAAGCCAUGUCCCGCAACUCCUCCAUUGCCAGUGACCUGCACGGAGAGGACAUGAUCGUCACGCCGUUCGCACAGGUCCUGGCCAGCCUCCGCACUGUCCGGAGCAACCUGACCCAUCUGCAGGACCGCACUGGCAUCAAGCGAGCAUCGAGCAGCAGUUUGCCCUCUGGGAGCAAGGCUGGGCUCAGUGGUCCCUUGUCAAGCCAGCGGGUGCCCCCAGCAGAGGAUGCCCACCAGAAGCUCUCGCGGGAGACUCUGGAGGAGCUGGACUGGUGCCUGGACCAGCUGGAGACGCUGCAGACCAGGCACUCGGUCAGCGAGAUGGCCUCCAAUAAGUUCAGGCGGAUGCUGAGCCGGGAGCUGUCGCACCUCUCGGGGACCAGCCGCUCGGGAAACCAAGUCUCGGAGUACAUCUCCAGGACCUUCCUGGACAAGCAGCAUGAAGUGGAGAUCCCCUCGGCAAGGGCCAAGGACAAGGAGAAGGAGCGCAGGAAGCGUCCCAUGUCCCAGAUCAGCGGCGUCCGGAAGCUCACCCACGGCUCCAGCCUCAGUGCCGCCGGCAUCCCCCGCUUCGGGGUGCAGACUGACCAGGAGGGGCUGCUGGCCAAGGAGCUGGAGGACACCAACAAGUGGGGGCUCAACGUGUUCAAAGUCGCCGAGUACUCAGGCAACCGCCCGCUGACAGCCCUCAUGUACAGCAUCUUCCAGGAGCGUGACCUGAUGAAGACCUUCCACAUCCCUGCCAACACCUUCAUCACCUACAUGCUGACACUGGAGGAUCACUACCGCGCCGACGUGGCCUACCACAACAGCAUCCAUGCCGCCGACGUGGCGCAGUCCACCCACGUCCUCCUCUCCACGCCUGCGCUGGAGGCUGUCUUCACGGACCUGGAGAUCAUGGCUGCCAUCUUCGCCAGUGCCAUCCACGACGUCGACCACCCUGGUGUCUCCAACCAGUUCCUCAUCAACACCAACUCGGAGCUGGCACUGAUGUACAAUGAUGCCUCCGUGCUGGAGAACCACCACCUGGCUGUGGGCUUCAAGCUUCUGCAGGAGGAGAACUGUGACAUCUUCCAAAACCUGAGCAAGAAGCAGAGGCAAACACUGCGUAAAAUGGUCAUUGACAUGGUGCUGGCCACAGACAUGUCCAAGCACAUGAACCUGCUGGCGGAUUUGAAGACCAUGGUGGAGACCAAGAAGGUGACCAGCCUGGGGGUGCUGCUGCUGGACAACUACUCUGACCGGAUUCAGGUCCUGCAGAACAUGGUGCACUGUGCUGACCUCAGCAACCCCACCAAGCCGCUGGAGCUGUACCGGCAGUGGACUGACCGCAUCAUGGUGGAGUUCUUCCGGCAGGGCGACCGGGAGCGGGAGAAGGGGAUGGAGAUCAGCCCCAUGUGUGACAAGCACACAGCCUCCGUGGAGAAGUCCCAGGUGGGAUUCAUCGACUUCAUAGCCCACCCGCUGUGGGAGACAUGGGCAGACCUGGUGCACCCUGAUGCCCAGGAGAUCCUGGACACACUGGAAGACAACCGGGAAUGGUACCAGAGCAUGAUCCCACGCAGCCCCUCCCCACCACCCGAGGGACCCGGAGUGUCCCCUGCCAACACCGACAAGUUCCAGUUCGAGCUGACGCUGGAGGAGGAGGAGGAGGCUGAGUCGGACACGGAACUGGAAGGGGCUGAGAGCCCCUUGGAUGAGGACAACAGCGGCUCCAAGACACCUGCCACAGAUGACUCAGAGGUGGCUGACACGGAGCAGUUGUCACCCGGCGCCCAGGACAGGGACUUGCCUGUCACCCGCCCCAGGGAUGUGGACAACCGGCAGGCACUGGAGGAGACACUGACAAAGGACGGCGGUGGCGGCAGGCGCUUGGUGCCAGGGCCUGAGGGCAGCCAGGGGCUGUGUCUGGACACGGAGGGCAACGUCACAUUCCUGCCCCUGGGCACAUAGCGGCACCAGCUGGUGGGUCCCCUUGCUGCCACUGGGAUGUGGGACUGGGCACUGCCCCAUCAAGGGCUGGGAGCAGUGGAGAGAUGGUGGUGAAGAGCAUCUACAGCACAGGGACUAGGGCAGCUGCUGGGGGACCCAAGGCAUGUCCCUGUGUGAGAGAUGGGCAGGUCCUGAUGGGCACGAAGAUGCUGUUUGCCCUCUUCCAGUAACUGUGCCCUGCUCCUACCUGGUGUCCCCACGUACAGCUGCUGGGAGAGGUCCUUUUCUCCUGCCCCAGCCCAGCCCUGGGGACAUCGUACCCCACAGGGCUCCAGGAAGAGGUGCCCCACAGCAGCCAGGCACAGCCAAAUGCCUUUUGGCAUCUCUCCGGGUGGCCUCUCAUCAGAGGACAGGGAGGUAGGUGAAGGGUGCUGGUGGCAGCACCCAGCCCAAGGGACCUCAGUGCAGCCAGGCACCAGGACACGGCAUGGGCACAAGUCCAGUGGUUUAUUUAUUUGGGGACAGGUUUCACUUUGUAAAGCCUUUUGGAGCUCACUUUUGAAUCCAAGCCUCACCUCAGCGUGCUCACCCACGGCUGCUCCUGCUCGGUGCCCAGCACUCCACACGCUGCCCUUGGACUUUGCCCUGCGGGGCCCGGCGGGCACUGUGACCCCCGGGGGUCCUUUCUGUGUCUCCCUUCACCUUCCAGACAUUAAACCUGGUUUGUUCUCCCCAGAA